GCUGAAUGGAGAUUAGAACACGAGAAUUCCGGUGAGAAGGUGGGGAGAAGGGGCUAGGCCAAAUCGGCUCAAGCGUCGUCGAUUGAUUCGCUUGCAACGGCCGCAUCGCAGCCGAUUGCACUACCUCCUGCAAUGACUACGCCUUUCUGCAUGCUUGCUGCAACACAAGCAGGGCUCAUCCUCAGGCAACCACCGCAAUGCCGCCAUUGAACGAGCACUCGGCCCCCAAAUCGAGAUGCUGGCUGCCUACGACGACACAGACGAUGCGGAAUACGGGGCGAAGCGGUAUAUAAUCCCUCUCCCCGAGCUGAAGCUUGACAUUUGAGCCCUUCAAGACCAUUGCCCAGCAGUUGAGCUCUUAUUCUACUCAUCAUGUCCCCCUCUGUCUCUCCUCUCGUCGUGUCCCCCAUCCUGCGGGAAGCAGCCGAGCUCAAAAUCGAAGAGCUCAACCGCACCAAAGCGGCACUCAAGAACCGCUAUGAAGACAAUCCCGCUGUCGCCGCGGCGGGAGACGAUACGCUCAAACGGCUCGAAGCGCUGCUGGACCAGAUCAAGAAGUUCGAUCCUUAUCUCGAGAGAGACGACGAUCUGCCGCUUCUCAGCCGCUAUGUUGAGCAGGCCAAGGACGACCGCUCGGUGUCGCAAGCCAAGCUGCUGAGGUUCGAGAAGGAGCUGCGCGAGAAGUUGGCGAAGCAUGCGAAUCGCUUGGAGGUCUCGUCGCUGCACGUCGAUUUGUUGAAGGAGGCUCUUAGCGCCGAGGUAUCCCUGCCUUCUAUGGCCGCCAAGCUUGAGAAGGCGGCUUUAGACGACGAGUUUGAAUUGGUUGAAGGCGAGCUCGAAGCUGUCUAUGAGACGUUCGAGAAGAAUACUUUCGCAAGCAAGCAUGUUGACACGAAAGCGAUGGAAGAGUACCUCUCCGGCCUCUUCGACAACAGCGCGGCCGAGGAGCAGCUUGACAAGCUCCGCGAGCACAUCGGAGACUACGGAAAAGACGUCAUGGAAGGCAGCGAGGAAGUCGACGGAGAGAUAGUUGAGUGGUGCAUUGUGGACCUGCUGCGCAACGGCUUGCUUAGUGACGAGAAGACGAAAACGCUGCGGGGCUACCUUCAGAAUCCGAUCGCUAUCCGCGAGCUGACCAGCACGCUCAACAUGAAGUCCGUCCGCCACUGGAACUGGCGCAAUUACGAGAAAGGGCUAGCUGUCACAGCUCGCCAAAAUGCUGACGGAAAGUACUGCAUCACCGUUGAAGAAGACAUCAUCGACAUGCUUUUCCUUCACAGCCUCGCUGUAGGAUGGAGCAUGAAGUUUAAAGAGUGCCUGAAGGAUCUCAUAUCCUACAAGGGCGUGUGGCCAGGAAACGCACUUCUUUCGAAUGAAGAACUCGACAAGCGGGAGUACUAUCUCCUCGGACUUCGACCCACAUACAAGGCAAAGUCCUGCACUACGUGCCAUGGUCCACCUCCACCGCCAGUUGUAGAAGUCAUUCCUUCAGGCCCGAGGAGUGGCCCGCCUCCUCCAGUAUGGAAGCCAAAGAAGAAGAAGAGGACUGGUUGCCCACCGCCGCCUCCACCACCUGCCCCGAUUCCGGGAGGUCCGAACCUGAACGAUGAGCGGUAUAGGGCAUAUAUUAGGGACUUCUUCCUUCCGAGACUACCUAAGCUGAAUGGUAGCUCUCCCGAAAGCGUGUCUGCAAAUGACACCCAGGCGACCCUUCUGAAAACUCUUGUCACUGAAGCCAAGCUCCGCGAAGCUUUUGAUGGUUCGGCUCACGGGCUCACGGCGAACUUCAGUUCGUUCGCCUCCUCCCUUCCGCAUCAGACUGUUCUUGCCGUUCUCAAGUUCAUCGGCGUCCCUGAGCAAUGGCUCGAUGUCUUCGCGCGCUUCCUAGCUGCUCCACUCAACAUGGGCCCAGUUGUGCGUGGAACUUCCGACCAGAUCCUACCUCGCACCUGUGGCGUUCCCGUCGCUCAUGGACUAUCCGCCUUCUUCGAAGAAGCCGUCCUCUUCUUCCUCGAUCUGGUCAUCCACCAGAAGACGGGAGGGUACUUGUACCGCCUCCGCGACAAAUGCUAUUUUGUCGGCACCCGGUCUCAGCGCACCAACGCUCAGGAUGAGGUCAUUCGAUUUGCGAAGGCGACCGGUCUACCCGCGGAAGUUACCAAGCCGUUGCACGUGCAAAUUGGCUUCUUAAACAUCCACGUGGGGCCUGAAGGCCCCGAGGAACCAGAGCCCGUGUCCUUCAGCAUCAUUGACGCGGAAGUCGAGGCUUACGCACGCCGCGUCAAGAAGCAGCUUGCCGCCUGCGGCACAGUCUUUGAAUGGAUCCGCAUCUGGAACAACACCGUCGGCACAUACGCCUCGCACCUCUUCGGACCGCUCGCCAACGUCUUCGGCAAAGCGCACCUCGAAGCCGUGACGCAGGCUCACAACCGCAUGCUCGACAUCAUCUUCGACGGCGGCAAUCUAACCUCCCACGUCACAAGCCUCCUAGUCACACACCUGGGCCGGCCCCUCACCGAUCCCCCCUUCGCCCUCGAAGCGGUGCUCUACCUCCCGACCGCCUACGGCGGCCUCGGCAUCAAGAACCCAUACAUCACGCUCAACCUCGCGCACAACAUACUCGACACGCCGUCUUCGCAGCUAGACAGCUUCCUCCAAGCAGAGAAGAAGUACCACGCCUGCGCGGAAGAGAACUUCAAGCGCAUGACGCCCGACACGCGCGCGCAGAAGCUUAGCUCCAUCUUCAACGACGACCCAGCACGCAUUGCGGCCGCGCUAGGCGAAUCCACCGACCCGUCUACCUUCCUCUCGCUCGCUGAGCUCACUGCAAACCGCGAGCGCGCGUCGUAUCCCUUCCUCCCGCCGCCGCCGUACCCCUCCCCGUUGACAUUCGCGCCCAUGCCCGCCUUGAUCCCCGCGUACAAUGCCCUCCUGGAAGAGCCCGUGGACAACAUCCCCGAGAGUGACAAAAUAACCGACGAGGUUUACCGCCUCAGCGGGCGCCUGGAUAUGAAGCGCUGGUGUCGUUUGAGCGGCGAGGAUAGGUGGGUGCUGCAGAUGUACGGGGAGGAGUGCUUUGAGCGGUAUGGGGGGCUGGAGAUGUGGCAUGGGGACUCUGUGCCGAUGGAUGUGUUGGGGAUGGUGAGGGACGAGGUGGGCGACGACGAGGAUGACGAUAGUUCGGUCAGUUCUUUCAGUGAUGUUUAGAGUGGGGGUGCCAUGGGGUGAAGGGACUGUGCGUGUUUUUGAGGGAGGGGAUGAUACGUUUCUCGCCAAUCAGCUGGCGAAGUUCGAUUCCUUGGACGAUUUGACAUGUCGAAUUUUUUUUUUGUUACGAGGAACGUUCUAUUUUGGUAGCGAUUCGUUCACGAAUAAUGAGUAUGAGUUCAUGAGCUUUACGUAGAAAUAUAGGCUAUACGUUUCUGUUACUGAAUAUAUGUGGGCAAUAC